AUGUCUGCGAACAACCGUAAAGCCUCUAGACUUCCUACAAGUCGUAUUCAGUUCGUUCUAAAUUCUCCACGUAAAAUUAAAAAUGCCCAGGCACCUUUAAGAAAACUCGUGGGAACUACUGAAGGAAAACGUCCUGGUGCCAUAAAUAAGAAUUCCUCAUUUUCUUUAAAAAAGAAAAAUACCGCUUCUAUUAUUGGAAAUAAAAAUGAUAAAAAUGUGCGUUCGAUUCCUCAAAAAGCAUCCCUAUCAAAUGUUCGUUCAAUCCCUUUUGAAUCGAGUUACACUAAAAAAGCACCUUCAACAAGUGGUUCAUUCAAAAACGUUCGUAGUCGUAUUCAAUACCCACCCCCUCCACCCCCUCUACCUUUACCACCCUCCCCAACCAAAAUCUUAAAAGAACAGAGCGCUGCACUUAAAGCUCACCUUCAAGAGUUAUAUAAAGAAAAAGAAUAUUAUGCCACAAUAAACGCACAAAAACAAAAUGAAAUCCAAGAAAUUCGACGCGCACAAGAAGAAUACAUUGAAGAAAUUGAAAACAAAAAUCAAAAAAUUAUUGAAGUACAAACUCAUAGGAAAGAUCUUGAAGCCGAAAUUGAAACUGUAAUGCAACAAACCGAUAUUUUGUUAGUCGAGAAAAAAGAAUUGAUUUCUAAAAUUAACUCUCAUAAAAAUGAAUUAGAAGAAAAACAGAAUACUAUUAAACAACAAGCUGAAACAAUCGAAAGUAAUUCAAAUCAUAUUCUAGAAUUGACAAGCAAUUUACAAGAUCGUGAACGUGAAAGACGGGAUCUUCAUAAUCUCCUUCAAGAUCUUAAAGGAAAUAUUCGUGUUUUUUGUCGCGUACGUCCACCUCUUCCAUCAGAAAGUAAUGAUCUUGCUAUUUUAAAAUUUCCUAAAGAGUUACCAGUCAAUAAAAGAAUUUCUAUCGCUUCAAUCAAAAUUAAUUAUUUGGGAAAGAAAAGAGAACAAUUUAAAGAUUAUGAAUUUGAUCAGGUGUUUGAUCAUGAAGCAACACAAAAAGAUGUAUUUAAUGAAGUUUCUCAUAUAGUUCAAUCAGUUGUAGAUGGAUAUAAUGGAUGUAUUUUUGCUUAUGGACAAACUGGAGCAGGAAAGACUUAUACGAUGGCAGGUCCCAAUGAUCCAACCCCUGAAACUGAAGGAAUGAUUCCUCGUGCAGUUGGUUUGAUUUAUGAUCUUAUGCAAAAUCUAAAGGCACAACGUUGGAAAUUUAAAAUGGAAGGACAAUUUAUAGAAAUUUAUAAUGAUUCUAUUCGUGAUUUACUUGCUAUUAAUCCUUCAUCAUCGAGUAACAUAAAAUAUAAAACUGCUCAUGACGAGAGUACAGGAACAACCCAAAUUUUAAACGCAAGGACUGUGAAUCUUGAUUCUCCUGAAACUCUUAAUCGAGUUUUAAAGACGGCCACCCAAAAUCGGGCGGUAGCUGCGACAAAAUGUAACUCACGUUCUUCGCGUAGUCAUAGUGUGUUUAUGAUUCGAUUAACUGGAACCAACGAAAAUUUAAAUGAAACCAGAGUUGGAUCAUUAAAUUUGAUUGACUUGGCAGGUUCAGAACGACUCUCAAAAUCUGAAUCUAAAGGGAAUCAAUUACAAGAAGCCAAACAUAUCAACUCAAGUUUAAGUCAUCUUAAAACAGUUAUUGAAGGAAUUAGAAAAGAUUCAAGUCACGUAAACUUCCGUGAUUCACCAUUAACGUGGCUUUUAAAGAAUUCUCUUGCUUCCCCUCCUUCAUCACUUCCAAAUCUCCCUAGACAAUCAAAGGCAGACCAGAUCGUUCAGGCGCGUCUCGUAGAAUAUGAUAUACAAAAUAGUGGAAAAACUUCACAAAAUACUAAUUUGACAAUACGCCAGACAACGUAUCAUUCAAAAAAGCCCAAUAAAUGGUUAUGGGAUUCAGAUGUCUAUAAAGAUGAUCUCAAAUAUUGGCGUCAAAUGGCACAACCUUAUAUGGGAACCUCCCCAUUGCCUAUGAAUAUAGAAUUUUAUUUGGAUACUUCAGAGUUGAGCAAAAAUCAGGUUUUAGUGUUAACAGAUGAAAUUUUAAGAAGACGAAGGAUAGAUUUAAAUAAUUUAAAUGAUAGUAAUGGUUCAAAUUCAAAUGGAAAUAAUAACAAAAUCACAAAGAAUAUCAUGUUGGAAAGUUGGCAGUUGACUUUAAGUCAUCCAUUACCUGACCCACUGCCAGAUCUCCCUGUUGUCUAUAAGAAAUCUAUUGCAUUUUUUCGUUCUUUGUAUGCUUUUGUUAGGUUAUUACCAUCUUAUCGAUUAUACAAGAGAAUAAGAAAAAUGAAAUUUAAUUCUUUGAAAAUUGGGUAUAGAUUUGUAUUACCAUCCAAUAAUAACACCCAACGUGAUAUUGGAAUAGAUAUACCAAUAAUAGAGGGAGAAACUAGAUCUACUGCAUCAGAGUUCAGAUUUAGUCCUAUUGACACACCAUUAGGUGUCCUAGCUCUCAAAGUUUUAUAUCGAACAAAUUGUGAAUUUCACGUUGAUGAACCUGAAACAUUAUUAAGUUCAAAAUUCAUAUUUGACAUGGACGAAAAUUAUUUUACACCCACAAUGGCACGUUAUUAUCAACAAGAGCAACAACAAAAGCCAGAGAAAGAUGAAAGACGUAAUAGUGUUCCAACCAGAAUGGAUGUUUGUAUUACUCCUCCUACUGGAUUCAAUUAUUUGAGUUCAUCUCCACAAUUUACAAAUAGUCAUUUAAUUGGUGGAACUUUGCCUACUAGAUCACUUAGUUCUCCAAGAUCAAAUCCCGAUCUCCAUAAUGAUCUUACUUUUCCUAAAAUAUAUACACCAUCUCGUUCUACUGCUUAUGGAUCUGGUCAAUCAAAUCUGUCUGCCCCAUCUUUAUCAUUUAAGUCACCAGAUUCAAGACGUCUAUCUAACGCUUCCUUAGAACCACCUAUAUCGAGGUCGAGUACGUCACGAAAUGAGCGUGAACCUCUAUUUCCAACAUUAUCUUCUAUACCGACAACACGACCUAAUGUUACCAUGGUGCAACCAUUUAAAUCGCCAUCUUUAUCACCUACACCAAUAAAUCAUGACAUAAAUCCACCAUCACCAACAUUUUAUGAUCGUCCAUUACAUCGUUCACCAUCUCAAUUGUCUCUUCAACAACGUAACCUUUAUCAAUCAUCCUCCGCGAGACCUUUAUCCAUUAAUAGUGGUGCUCAGACAUUAUCUUCCUCAGUAAGAUCGACCUCAUCAGUAGGAAGCCCUAGUGGAUUUCCAAGAUUUUCAUCUAGUUUCAAUCAUCAAAAGUAUGAAAGAUCUGGUGGCUCUACUACAAGGGAACGGGAUGGUAGUUUUUCGGGUCGAAGAUAUUCUAGAUCAAGUUUGACGAAUAAGAGUGACGGUUCAACUAGUGACCGAGGAUCAUAUAAUUCAUCGUUCUUUGCAUCACUUGAUCCGGAUGAUGAUGUAGCUGAAUUUGUACAAAUGAUAAAUACACGUGAACCACUAAAAAUGUUUAGCAGAAGCCCAACUGGAUUGGACGAUGCCAAUAAUUCAGGGCGAAAUCCGUCUGGUCGAACUCAGAUACAAUUAUCCCGUUUUCAAAAAUUAAAAGAGACACAUAAUAAUUUACCAGAGUCUAUGGCUUCAAUGAGUUUACAAAAUAAUCUAGAACCACCAGGUGGAUUAGGACUUGGUACUUCAAUUCGAAUACCUCAGGCGAGUAUAGGGAAUAUGGGUGGUUAUUCAGCUUAUCAUUUAGAUUCACCUUCUACUUUGGAAACUCAAAACAAUGAUGAUUCAUUAUAUCAAGAAUCAAAUUCUGAUUCAAUAAAACAUCAUGAUGAAAGACCUGCGGAAGUUAAUUCAAAAACUUUAAGUGGUGAAAACCAACAUAUUAAGAAUUAUAAUAAUUAUCUUGAUGGAUCACCUGCAUCAGGUAAUUCUUCACGUGCAGAUGAAGAAUUAAUUUUUAUCUGCAGGGAAGAAGCGUGGUUGACAUGGUUGAAAAAUGAUAUUGAAAAGUGA